CAAUCCACUCCGUUGUGCAGUUUAAGAUCUUACAGAUUCUUUCUUAGUAAAACGUUUGGUAAACUUGGUAAAUCUUACAGAAAAUUAGUCGAGCGUUUUUAUUAGUUUAAAAUAUAUUUGAAAGUUGUUGUUGUUGCCAGGCUGUUAGUGACCAUGAUUGGAAUAUCGUUGGUUUGUUUUGUUGUUGGCCUCCACCACACGUCUCUGGCCCACAUCACAUACAUAGAACCGAGGUCGCCACUCAAGGGCCGAGUUCCAUCCCCGGGAAGUCCGUGGCCAAUGCCACAUCUAUGGAAGAAGUCACCCAAACUUUUCGGUAUCGAUCCUGAACGCUUCUCUUUGACCAGCUCCCUGAAAGAUUGUGACAUAAUCGAUGCAGCCAAACAACGUUACACGGGAUUGAUAUUUCAAGGGAAACAGAACCGAUUCUCAGGACGUUUGAGCCGACCCGAGAUUAGAAACCUCCAUGUUGACAUAAUGGACCAGAAAUGUCCUCGUUAUCCUCAUAUUAACGACGAUGAAACAUAUGAAGUAAACAUCACCAAUCAAUUAGCGACGGUUUCGGCAAAAUCUGUGUGGGGAGCUUUAAGAGGUUUGGAAACAUUUAGUCAACUGGUGUUUGAACAUGGCAACAAAGAAAUAGUUGUGAACAAAACAUUUAUAAGAGACAGUCCCAGAUUCCGGCAUCGUGGUAUUCUAUUAGACACAGCGCGGCACUACAUUUCUGUACCGUUGAUAUUGAAAAAUCUGGACGCGAUGUCAUACAACAAGUUCAACGUGUUACACUGGCAUAUCGUGGAUGACCAAUCAUUUCCCUAUGAAAGCCGCACAUUUCCUCAGAUGUCACAAAAGGGUGCUUAUUCCAGUCGUUUCACCUACAGCCAGUUUGAUGUGAGCAGAGUCAUUGAAUACGCUCGUUUAAGGGGGAUCCGCCUGAUACCUGAAUUCGAUACUCCGGGUCAUACGAUGUCCUGGGGUAAGGCGUUUCCCUUCUUGCUGACACCUUGCUAUGUAGAUGGACAACCUGGCCGUGCCAACUACACGCAACAUCACACACACGAGGUGUUCAAUCCAAUUUAUGAAGAAACAUACGAAUUUCUGAAAAGGUUCUUCAAGGAAAUUAUUGAAACAUUCCCAGACCGUUAUAUUCACCUCGGCAUGGAUGAGGUUUAUUAUGCUUGCUGGCUAGCUACUCGGCUUCCUUGGCGUAUAAGUGACAAAGAACACAAUAUUCCCUUGAACGGGACUCUGCGGCUUCCUUGCGGCUCUUUUCAUUCCCACUUUAAAUGUGGCCGAGGUCAGCUUAGCCUUUUAUCCUUUACUCAUGUUUUUAUAAUCGACUUUCUCCCUCCUCCUAACAUAAUUGGCUUUGAGCCGAAAUUUAAAACCAUCAUUACUUCCAAUUCUUUCUCAUUCCAGCCGAAAUAUGACACGUUGGUUCAAAUUUGGAAGGAUACAUCGCUCUGGGACAUCUACGAUAACUGGCAAAAUUAUUCAAUGAUGGUGGCCCAGAAGGGCUACAAAAUGAUUCUUUCUUCAUGUUGGUAUCUCAAUUAUGUGAAUUACGGUCCGGACUGGGAGUCACUAUAUCUCUGUGACCCCGCUGAUUUUACAGAUGACCCGAAACUAGAAAACCUGAUGAUGGGUGGUGAGGCCUGUUUGUGGUCAGAAUACGUGGACGCAACUAAUUUCAUGUCACGGCUUUGGCCGAGAGCUUCAGCUGUGGCAGAACGUUUGUGGAGUAAACGAGAAGUAAACAACGUGGAUGAUGCUCAGUUCCGCUUAGAUCAACAGCGUUGUCGUCUGCUAAGUCGAGGAAUUUCAGCGCAACCAAUUAUGAACGGAUAUUGUGAAGAGACACAAAACAGACAGCUUUUGGCUUUGGUUUCAUCUCCUGCUGCCAUCAUUCAUUCUUUUACCAUCAAGUUUUAUGUUUUUUCCACUCUUCUUGCUUUUUACUAACAUCAUGUCUUGCUACUCCCCCCCCCCCAAACACGUAAUAAGCAACUCGUACAAUUAAUAUUUUAUUCGCGCAUCUAAUCCCCACGAAAGACCUCAUAAUUCUAUUUUUCGCAAUCUUUGCAGCUUCAAAGCAAUGCGCAUUGAUUGUACCAACAUAGAACCAGUUUGUUGCAAAAUCACAAAAUAUUUUUCAUUUCCGUCAUAUUCUUCAAAGACUGAUUUGGCAAAUUGGUAGCGACAGGAAUCUCUCAAAGAAUGUU